AUGGAGGAGUUUCCGAGCGAGGAAGAGGAGCCCUGGUACGACCAGCAGGACCUGGAGCAGGAUGUGCACAGAUUUCCAAACCAGCACUGCCUGCAUCUGGAGCACAUCUGGCCGGGCCGCUCGGCCCUGUCGCUGCUGUCACCACAGCACAACCGCUACCUGACAAAGCAGCUCGAGAUGUUGCGGCAGAUGAAUGAGCAGCACGCGAAGGUCUACGAGCAGCUGGACCUGACGGCGCGCGACCUGGAGCUGGCAAACCAGAAGCUGGUGCUCGAGAGCAAGACGUCGCAGCAGAAGAUACAGUGCUUGACAGAAACCAUCGAGGGGUUGCAGAACCAAGUGGAGGAGCUGCAGAAGCAGGUGGAGGAAAUGCGGAGCUUGGAGCAGCUGCGCAUUCGGCGGGAGAAGAGGGAGCGGCGCCGAACCAUCCACACCUUCCCCUGCCUCAAGGAGCUCUGCUCCAGCCCCAGGUAUGAGGAUGCAUUCCAGGUCCAUAGCUCUUCAACAGAGUUCAACCAGAAGCCACUAGAGCGGGAGAACGAGCGUCUCCAGGCCAUGGUGAACUCCCUGAGGUCCCAAGUGAACCAGGAGAAGCAGCGGAAGGAGAGGGUGGAGCGGGAAUACACCUCCGUCAUCCAGGAGUACUCGGACCUCGAGCAGCGAGUGUGCGAGAUGGAGAACUGCAAACUGCGCAUCAAGGAACUGGAGGCAGAGCUCCUAGAGCUACAGCAGAUGAAGCAAGUCAAGAAGUAUCUGCUCAGCAGAGAAGACAACUUGUCCGAGGCCCUCCUCGAGCCGCUGAAUAACGCCCCGGAAGCGGACUACAUCGACCUCUCUGAGGAGGAGGGAGGGAAAAGCCACGGGCCGUCCAUGACGCCGUCCCCCAACCACCCCGUCCGGAAAAGCUGCAGCGACACGGCCCUCAACGCCAUCGUGACCAAGGACGCGGUGAGCCGGCACGAGGGCAAUUACACGCUGCACGCCAACAACGUGCGCAAGCGGGGCAUGUCCAUCCUGAGGGAGGUGGACGAGCAGUAUCACGCGCUGCUCGAGAAGUACGAAGAGCUCCUGAGCAAAUGCCGGCAGCACAAGGACAGCGUGCGCCACACGGGGGUCCAAACGUCCCGCCCCAUCUCUCGUGACAGCUCCUUCAGGGACUUCAGGGGAGAGGGACACGAGCUGGAAGAACGGAAAACCAUGGAGAAGACCAUCACCAAACAUGUAGAAGCUGUGGACAAGCGGCUGGAGCAAAGUCAGCCUGAGUACAAAGCUCUUUUUAAGGAGAUCUUCUCCCGCAUCCAGAAAACGAAAGCGGACAUCAAUUCAACAAAGGUGAAAAACAAGAGCAGCAAAUGAGCCCUGACUCUGCAGUUCCUACAUACAAUCUCAACAGCCAAGUCUUCUCUUUAGCCCCAGGAAACAUUCUGUGGCCUCACUGCUUUGAAGGUUCAAGAGAUCUCAUGUUACAUUCGUGUAUGGGAAGGGGACUCUUAAAGCAAGAAAAUGUCACGGAGACCCAAGUCACUUUUUUAAGCUAGGGCUCUGGGCAACUUGUUGGAAAAAUUGUACAUUGUAGUUAGAGGAUUUGAGAAACUGUAUGAUGAAUCUCUGCAUGAGUUGCUGCCGCAGCCAGAAAUCACAACAGCAACCAAACCCACAUCUCAAAAAAGAAAACUGCUCACUUCCUCCACUCUUUUCAGCUUGUCUUACAGCCUCUCUGAUUAUCUGCAAGCAAAAGCCUGGAUGUCCUCCAGUGUUCUGCACCAGCUGGAGCGCAGUGUUACAAAAUAAAACUGAAAAAGCCAUUGGAACUUCAGGGGCUGCUUGGGAACAUCAGCCCAACCCCUCCACUUUGGUUUUAUGGCUAAGAACCUGUGCUUAAACCUGAGAGACUUUCAUCUAACCUUUCUCCUUCCCUAAAGGGCAGUAUGUUCUUGCUAUCUAAGCCAUUCUCUUAGCAGUCAGGUUUUUCAGCUCUUUACAAUGCAAGCGCAUCGCAACUGGACAAACUUGAAGAGAAACAUAAAACCGAUUGUCCUGUCUCCAUCAGCAUCACUUGGUAAUUCAGCCCAUCCUCUCCAGGCUUCGUAGGCAAAUGGGAU